CUCUUCCGCCGGGUCCCAUGUUGGAUAAUGUCUGCAGUGCCAUUGUUCAUGAUACUCUGAUUUGGAUUUGCGACAGUGGGGAUUUAAAAAAAAGAAAGAAAAAACAAAAUGGGGGUUCGAGAAACACUGAAACAUUAAGGGAAAAUUAGUCAAGUCUUUGGCCUUGGGAAAUACUUUUAAUGAGUGCUUUAGUAGGAGGGAUAAAUAUGGACCUCCGGCUGUAUGUUAUUGUGUUGGUUCUAACUCACUUUGUGCCUUUUAUUCGAGGACAAGGUAUUGCAGCCUUGGGCGGUGGCCGAGGAAGUGAUGGAGGCAUUGCAGCGGUGGGCGGUGACGGAGGAAGGGGUGGAGGCGUUGCAGCGGUGGGCGAAGGCGACGACGGAAGCGCAGGAGGCUGCCAGGAUCUCCAUCCCUCUUGCAGGGGGUGGGGGGAGAGGGGGGAAUGCGAGAUCAAUCCGGCAUACAUGCUUGACAACUGCCCCGUCACGUGCGACUCCUGUAUGCCUCAAAGCGAGGAAGAGUGCGUGAAUCGGGCGGAUUCCUCCUCCUGCGACCUGGAGGCCAUCCUGGGCCGCUGCAAGACCAACCCUUCCUACGCCCUUCGCUUCUGCGCCGGAUCCUGCAGGGACUUCAUCGACGUGUGCGCGCGCGCGGACACUCGAGAUUGUAUUGGACCUCAGUCGAUUACUCAGCCAGACUUUGAGUGCGGCGCAGUCCCGUCUCCAGCGCGCAUGGGUGUCCCGCCGCCUGCAGAAGAGGGGCCUGCGAGGUGGAAUGUUCGCUUCGAGGCGGUCAGGUCUGCGAGGAGGCUCAGCGUGGACAAAUGGCGGCAGAAGAGGAGACGCCUCCAAGGGGCGAGGCAGAGCGAGGGCUGCGUAGAGGUCUUGGAAGACUGUGAUGUCAAUACAUCUUCCACCAUCCCCCCCUCCACCACCCCCUCCACCUCCCCUUCCACCACCACCACCCCCUCGACCACCCCCUCCACCACCCCCUCCACCACCCCACGACCACUAUGUCCACGACCACCGCCACGACGACCACCGAAACGACGACCACCACUGAAGCCGCAACUGUGCCUCCAGGCGUCGUCCAGGGAACCGCCGCCGCGCUGA